AUGUGUUUUAGCAGCAAAGAUAUAUUGAAACGGGCUGUGACAAUUUGGAGUUUGCACAAAAAUAAAAAAUUCAUAGUUGUAACAUCAAGCAAGAAACUAUGGAUUGUCAGAUGCAGGUUUCAUGAAUCAUUAGGUUGUCGAUGGUUUCUUCGAGGCCGUAAGUUUGGAGGUAGCCUUUGGAAGAUAGGAAAGUAUUUUGAUAAUCAUAGAUGUGAGACUGAAGGACUUACUAUAGGUCACGCUAACCUAGAUACCAAUUUAAUUGCAUCUUUGUUUCUAAAUCAAAUACGUAAAAAUCCCAAAUUGUUGGUAGUAGAUGUCAUUUCUAAGGUUUAUGAGAUAUUUGGUCAUCAAGUAACAUAUAAGAAAGCAUGGCUUGGACGUCAACGAGCAUUUAAAUUGAUGUAUGGUGAUUUUCAGAAAUCACUUAGUGAGCUUCCUAAGUUUUUUGCAGCUUUUCAACACUUUAACCAUGGAACAAUUGUAGAAUGGAAACACAAAGAGUCAAUGAGUUCGUUAGAGGUAAAAACGUUUAAAUUUGUAUUUUGGGCUUUCAAGCCAUACAUUGAUGGAUUUCGAACUUGUUGUCCAGUUAUUUCAGUAGAUGAAACCCAUUUGUAUGGUAAAUAUGAGAUAAAAUUAUUAAUUGCUGUUGGAAUUGAUGGAAAUGAUAACAUUCUUUCUCUAGCAUUUGCUAAUGUUGAUAGGGAAUCGAAAGAGGAGCCUCGGACCUUUCAUCGAUUUUGCGUAAGACAUCUUAAGAGUAACUUUCAAUCUUAUUUUCCAAAUAGGAAUCGUAGUGAUCUGAUGUGGAAUGCUGCAUCGGCUCAUCAAGUAAGGAAGUUUGAAGAUUUGAUGUGGGAAAUCAGGGAAGAAAAUGAAGAAGCAUAUGAAUAUCUCAUGCAAUUUCCAUUGGACAAAUGGACGAUUAGCCAUGAUGAUGGAAAAAGAUGGGGAGUGUUGACAACAAAUCUUUCAGAGUCUUUCAACGGCCUUCUAAAGAAAGAUCGAGGAUUGCCUGUCACUGCCAUGGUGAGACUUUUAUUGGAUCAAAUAGUUGAACGGAUAUAUGAGGUUAGAUCUAUUCAAGUUGAUGGUACUGGUGGUAAUCCUCAUUGUGUUUCACUAAAUGAUAAAAAAUGUGAUUGUGGAAAAUGGGCUAAUUUGCACUUUCCGUGUUCAUAUGUCAUGAAGGUUACUGAAAGAAUGGGAGGGCUAGAUAGAAAUUUUGUUAGCGAGCAUUUCACAACAGAGAAUUAUGUUGCUACAUAUUCUGGGUCAUUCUCACUGGUUGGGCAUGAGGCAUAUUAG